AUGGGUGGGCAAGAUAUAAUCACUUCCCCGCCCCCUGAACACUCACACCACACUGAUGUAUCCACUGACAAACUUUCACGGUUGCAUAAGGCAGUGAAUAUCAAGACACUGGAUUCAGACACAGAGGAACGGGGAAUCUGGGCAGGUCGCCAUAACAUCCGCGACCUCAGUGGCGCCCGUCACACGCCCCAGCAAGUGACGAUAGAUCAAUCCUUCAACUCGUAUGAACACUUGCGUCUGUGCACCAACGAUCGCGUGUGUGUGCGUGGCCAGUUCUGCGACCAGCACUACGGCGUGUGUCGGGACCACAUGACGGAGGGACAGGAGUGUCGUGAGGACGCCAUGUGUGAGGGCGGAUACGACUGCAUGUUCGGCGUGUGCCAAAAGCGCAUCAAGCGUGGGCGUGAGGGCGCCAGAUGCCGUAAGGAGAGGGAUUGUGGAGCAGGGAUGUGCUGCGCUCGUCGCCAUGGAGAGCAGGUAUGUCAGCGGCGUCUGCCGUUGGGCCACAAGUGCUACGUACCUGAGGGCGGCCUCGACUACUCUAUGAACCAAAUUUGCCCGUGCGAGAGCGGCCUUGUGUGCAAAUACACGGCUGAACAGCCUCCUUCUAGGCACCAGCUCAUCGCCCUCAUAUCGGCCUCCGAGGACAUGCGCUGCGCAGCGCCCUCGCAUCGCGUCGACUGA